GCCUCAUUUGUCAACAAACUUAACAUUUUAAUUUAAAAAAUGGAGGUUGAGGAUCAGGACUCUGCAAAAACACAGGAAUUGUCAACCAACCCAAGUAAAAACAACAAUGUUCCCUCACUUCCAAGAGACCCCACAUUGGAUUGCGCUAUAUGCUUGCAACGUUUUGUUCAACCUAUUCAACUUCCAUGCAGCCACACAUUUUGCUUCUUGUGUGCAAAGGGUAUUGCACUUCAACGACAGCCUUGUGCUCUCUGCAGGACUGAUAUUCCCGCUGAUUUCUUAACCAAACCUGGACAAUUUCAAGCCAAACAUCGUUCGAAACCAGGGACAGAAGAUAUAGCCACGCAUAUGUGGUACUAUCAAGGUCAUAAAGGAUGGUGGCAAUAUGACAUCAGAACGUCUGCUGACAUUGAGGAUGCAUAUAAUCGCAAAGAUAAAUCCAUUGACAUCUUAAUUGCUGGAGCCAUUUAUGUCAUAGACUUAGAGGAAAUGGUACAGUAUCGACGAGAUAUGAACUCCAGGAAAAGAAAAAUCAAAAGAGAUAUAGUGGAUGCCCAGAAAAAGGGUGUAGCCGGUAUGACUGGGUCCACCUCAUCUACAGACACAUCUACAAGUGCAUCAACUUUGGGUGCUAGUGACUCCCAGUUGAGACAAGGUCCAAUAGGCGAUGGAAAUGAUCCUGUUGUUGGAUCCCAAACAGGAGGGUGUAACUGACUCCCAAAUACACAUUAUUAGACUUCAAAGUGCUUAGCCUACCGAAAUAGAUAUCUGCGCAUCAAAUAUAUUAUUUCCAUGUAAAAACAUAUGCACUUGUUCAAAUCAGAAUAGCUGUAUUAUUGAACUUGCAAAUCACGGGUACAAUGUGUACAGAUUUAUUUUUGCCUCUCAUAGUUUAUAGUUCACUAGUUACUUGUUCAGUUAAGUUAUCAAUUCCUCUAACACAAAAUAUAUUUAGACACAGUCUCCGACACAAUGAUGUAAAUAUUUAAAACCAAACAGCCUAACAUUCCAUAGCUAGCUGCUUCUGCAGUAAAAUACAUUAGAUAAUGGAACCGCCUGAAAACUAAUUCUUCAAGCGCAUCACCUACUCUAACAAGUAGAAUACUGAUUUCUGUAUUAUAGAAAAAUGCUAUAUUUAAUAUCAUCUGCUGUAUUCUGAUUGGCAGAUGUGAAUAAAUUUUCAAAUGUAUCCUAAAGGUCUGUUGGUUAUGUCAACUCGGUGGUUAGAAAUAAUAUGCUCUUUGUUGCAGUAUUGUUUAGCUUGACCAGCCACCCCCUUUUAAAAUUUUCAAAGAACGAAAUAGUGUCUAUAGCAGGGGUGGGCAACUUCUCUAGUCGGGGGGCCAGAUCAGAUGUGGGAAAAUGAAGUCCCCGGCGGGCCAGAUUAUUACAAAAAAUACUUAUCUUUGUUAAAUGCUCGACACUCUGUCAACUUCACGUUUCUUGGAAUAUUUCAUGGUUAAUAAAACUUAAUAUAAAAUCUAAUUAUAAAUAUACCUGAUAACAGAAA